AUGGCAUCUCCAGCAGUGCCUCGAUUCAGCUUCAUCUUCCACGCGCCGCUCGCUGCCGUGGACGCUUGCAAGGCCGCCAUCUUCAAGGCGGGCGCGGGGCGCUAUCCGGGUCCGGGAAGCUACACCGAGUGCUGCUGGUCCAUCAAGGGAACUGGCCAGUUUCGACCGGGAGCGACGGCGAAUCCCAACAUUGGGUCUGUUGGUGCUUUGGAGCAUGUGGAAGAGGUCCGCGUCGAGACGCUUUGCGUCGGCGAGGAUGUUGCGCGACGCGCAGUGGCCGCGCUGAAAGAAGCCCACCCAUAUGAAGAACCUUCAUACAAGGUAAUUCGGUUGGAAGAUUUCUAA